AUGCGGCGGCGGCAGCGGCGGAGCGGGCGGGCGGUGCUGCUGGCCGCACUGCUCGUCCUGGGCACGGCCCUGGUGCUGCGCACGCUCCGCGCUACCACCGCCGCCGGCGGGGUCCCCGCCGAACCCCCCAGGAACCCUCCCGCCCCGCCCGCGGCCCCCGCCCCGGCGGCGGGCGGCCCCUCCUAUGACCUACACGCCUUCUACUACGCCUGGUACGGCAGCCCGCGCUUCGAGGGCCGGUAUCGGCACUGGGACCACGCCCUGGUGCCGCACUGGGACCCGCGGGUCUCGGCAGGCUUCCCCCGCGGCCGCCACCGCCCGCCCGACGACAUCGGCUCCAGCUUUUACCCCGCGCUCGGCCCGUACAGCUCCCGCGACCCCGCCGUGCUGGCUGAGCAUAUGGGCCAGCUCCGCGCCGCCGCCAUCGGCGUGCUGGUCCUGUCCUGGUACCCUCCUGGCCAAGGAGACGACCCUGAGGAGCCGUCAGACAGCCUGGUGCCUGCCAUCCUGGAUGCCGCGCACAGCCAGGCCAUCCAGGUUGCCUUUCAUAUCCAGCCAUACAAAGGGCGUGAUGACCACACCGUGCACGAGAACAUCAAAUACAUCAUGGACAAGUACGGAUCACACGCAGCUUUCUACAAGUACAAGACCAGCACUGGCAGGAGCCUCCCACUGUUCUACAUUUAUGAUUCCUACUUGACACCUCCUGAAUCCUGGGCCAACCUUCUCAGCCCAUCGGGUUCCCACUCUCUCCGCAACACCGCGUACGAUGCCGUGUUCAUCGCGCUGCUGGUGGAGGAGGGACACAAGCAGGACAUCCUCUCAGCAGGCUAUGAUGGCAUGUACACCUACUUUGCAUCCAAUGGUUUCUCUUUUGGCUCAUCCCACCAGAACUGGAAAGCAAUCAAAACUUUCUGUGAUGCCAACAACCUGAUGUUCAUCCCCAGCGUCGGCCCAGGCUACAUCGAUACCAGCAUUCGCCCCUGGAACAACCACAACACUCGGAACAGAGUCAAUGGGAAGUACUAUGAGACGGCUCUGCAGGCUGCCCUCACAGUCAGGCCAGAGAUUGUCUCCAUCACAUCCUUCAACGAGUGGCACGAAGGCACCCAGAUCGAGAAGGCUGUACCCAAGAAGACACCGACACGCCUUUAUCUGGACUACCUUCCCCACCAGCCCAGCAUGUACCUGGAGCUGACGCGCAGGUGGGCAGAGCACUUCAGCAAAGAGAAGGAGCAGUGGCUGAUGUGA